AUGGCCAGAGAAGAUGAAAGGGAUCCCAACAAGCGCAAUAAGAACAAAUAUUGUCGCUUUCACAGGGACCAUGGGCAUGACACGGAUGAAUGUUAUGACCUAAAACAGCAAAUUGAGAACCUUAUCAGGCAAGGAAAGUUGAAGCACUUCGUUGGAAGGGAUCGUACAGAUGAGAAGCUGAAAGGCAAAAUGGAGGAAUCAUCCCGGCCCCCACUUGGAGAGAUAAGGAUUAUCGUUGGAGGGAACCCGAUGGGGCAAUCUUCCAAGUCGAAGAAGACGUAUCUCAAAGCGGUACAAAAUGUCCAGCUCUCUGGACGACCACCAAGGACGAGAUUAAUGGACGAGCCAACCAUUUCCUUCACCGAUGAAGAUGCUGAGAGGAUCCAUCACCCGCACGACGAUGCGAUCGUCAUUACACUGCUCAUUGCAGAUUAUACAACCAGAAGAGUGUUAGUUGACAAUGGAAGUUCAGCAGACAUAUUGUACUACCCCGCCUUCCAACAGAUGAGGCUUGGACGAGAUCAACUUCGUCCAGUAUGCUCGCCGCUGAUAGGAUUUGGAGGAAUGAAGGUGCAGCCCGUGGGUACCAUUACAUUACCAGUGGUGGUAGGGUCAUACCCGCAACAGAUAACCAAGGAAGUCAAUUUCCUCGUGGUAGACUGUACUUCUUCAUACAAUGCCAUCAUUGGAAGACCCACUCUUAAUAGUUGGAAGGCGAUAACCUCGACCUACCAUCUAUCAGUCAAAUUCCCUACGGAGUACGGGAUAGGACAAGCACAAGGAGAUCAGUUGGCAGCUAGAGAAUGCUACUUAGCCAUGAUGGCUUUGGACGAACAGAUGCAGACAAUGAGCAUCGAGGAGAGAAGAGUUAUUGCAGAGCUCACGGAAGUGUUGGAAGAUGUUCUUUUGCAAGAAGAUGAUCCAGAGAAAUUUACCAGAAUUGGAACAGGUAUGAAGGAGAAGGCAAGAGAAGACCUCAUCCAGUUCCUGAGAAAAAGUAUCGACGUUUUUGCAUGGAGUCAUGACGACAUGCCAGGAAUCGACCCAAGUGUGAUCACUCAUCGAUUGAAUGUAUACCCCUUUUUUAAGCCUAUCCGUCAGAAGAAGAGGGUAUUCGCUCCCGAGAGGGACAAGGCAAUCAAGGAAGAGGUUCAAAAACUAACCGCGGCAAAUUUCAUUAAGGAAGUCUAUUACCCGGACUGGUUAGCCAAUGUGGUGAUGUUGCUGAGCUUCAUGGAUGCCUUCUCAGGAUAUAAUCAGAUCAAGAUGGAUGAAGCCGAUCAGGAAAAAACUUCCUUCAUUACCAGUCAAGGCUUGUUUUGCUACAAAGUGAUGCCCUUCGGCUUGAAGAACGCAGGGGCAACUUAUCAAAGGUUAGUGAAUCAUAUGUUUCGUCCACAAAUAGGACGGAAUGUGGAGGUUUAUGUCGACGACAUGCUUGUGAAGAGCAUAGACGAGGGAAGCCAUCUAGACGACCUACAGGAAACCUUUGAAACACUUCGGCGAUAUAAGAUGAAGUUGAACCCAAGCAAGUGUGCGUUCGGAGUAUCGUCGGGAAAGUUUCUGGGGUUCAUGGUCUCGCAAAGAGGAAUUGAGGCAAAUCCGGACAAGAUCCAGGCUAUAUUGAACAUGGAGCCACCGAAGAAUAUCAAAGAAGUCCAAUCCCUCACAGGACGAGUUGCCGCCUUGAACAGGUUUGUUUCGAAAGCCACAGAUAAGUGUUUACCUUUCUUUAAAGUCCUCAGGAAGGCAUUUGAGUGGACGGACGAAUGCCAAAGGGCCUUCCAAGACCUGAAGGACUAUCUCACAACUGCCCCAUUAUUAAGUCCAUCCGUGCAAGGAGAAGAACUGUACUUAUACUUAGCGGUGUCCCCACACGCCGUAAGUUCAGCUUUAAUCAGAGAAGAGGGGAAAAUACAGAAACCGGUGUACUACACUAGCCGGGCACUCAGAGGAGCAGAGGGAAGAUAUCCGCUCAUGGAGAAAUUGGCUUUUGCGCUGAUAACGGCUUCUAGGAAGUUGAGACAUUACUUCCAAGUUCAUGUCAUCAAUGUCAUGACGGACCAUCCGCUUAAGAAGGCAAUGAACAAGUUGGAAGCCGCAGGACGACUGAUUCAGUGGGCAGUUGAACUUAGCGAAUUCGACAUUCGGUACCAACCGAGAAAUGCAAUAAAGGCUCAAGCCUUAGCAGAUUUCAUCGCAGAGUUCACUCCAAGUUACGAAGACCUGGGGGAAGGAGAGUACAACAAAUGGGUCAUCCAUGUAGAUGGAUCAUCUACAUUAUAUGCUGGAGGAAUAGGAGUUGUUUUGCAGUCGCCGGAAGGGGACAAAUUGAAAUACAAGGCCCGUCUGCAAUACCAGGCUACUAACAAUGAAGUGGAGUAUGAAGCCCUUUUAAAGGGGUUGGAACUGGCCAAAUCUGUAGAAGCAGACACAAUACUUGUCAUGGGAGAUUCUCAACUGGUCAUAGGCCAAGUCAAUGGAACAUAUGAAGCCAAGGAAGACAGAAUGAAGAAGGAAGGGAAUGUGGAGGCAGAUACUCUGGCGAAGCAAGCAUCUGCGAAUGAGGCGUUGGACGAUAUAGAUGGUGUACACUACAUGCCAAGUAUAGACCUUCCAGAAGUGAUGCAGAUAGAGGGAGAAGGAAAUUGGAUGACCCCAAUAGUGUCCUACUUAAAGGACGGAAGGCUUCCAGAAGAGAAGGACGAAGCAAGGAAGCUCAAAGUCAAGUCAGCCAGAACGACAGCGAGAACUCCAACAGGAGAAACUCCUUUUAAACUAGCCUACGGAAGCGAGGCAGUUAUACCAGCAGAAGUACACAUGACGAGCCACAGGGUGAGGAAGUAUCAAACUGAAGAAAACGAGGAACAGCUCCAUCUUAACCUUGACCUUAUGGACGAGGUCAGGAUGGAUGCAGAGCAGAGGACAGCAAGGUACAAAAAUCUAAUGGCAAGACAAUAUGACGCUAUGGUGAAGCCUAGGCGUUUCAACAUCGGAGAUCUCGUCUUGAAGAGGAUUGAUCCGCAAAAAAGAAAGCGAGCAUGGACGAAUGAAAUCCUUGGACGAAAGGACAUAUCGUCCAUGAGCUCUCCUCCAAAGGAAAGAUGA